CAAGACUCAUUGUUCAUGUUGUUAGUUGAGUAAACCCGUGCUGUAGUAAGAUGAAAUCCUUGGUGCUGUUAUGUUUGGUUGCUUCUGCUGUAUGCCAGCAAGGCAACAUCGUGCAGGUUGCUCAGCAACUUGGUGCAACAACUCUGCUGCAGUUAGCCACGGAAGCGGGUUUGGCAGACACUUUGGCCAAUGGAGGUCCUUUCACCGUGUUUGCGCCAACCAAUGACGCCUUUGCCAAGCUUCCACCAGAAGUAUUGGACUUCUUAAAGAAGAACAAGGAGGCCCUCGUGGCGGUCCUGAAAUACCACGUUCUCAGUGGCAAGACUUACUCAAGUCAGCUCAAGAACGAGCUGGUGGUACCAACACUAGACCCCAAACUGAACUGUAGAAUUAACAUCUACCAAAAAGGCAAGGUGGUAACAGCAGACGGUAGCCCGAUCAUUAAAGUGGACCAGAACGCCACUAAUGGUGUUAUCCACGUGAUAAGCCGUGUGGAGUACCCCAUCCCCGUCACAAACGUGGUCAAGCUGGCCCAGCAGGACCAGCAACUAAGGACAUUGGUAAAGGCCGUGGUGGCAGCCGGACUGGUCGACACUCUCUCAGGCCCAGGACCAUUUACAGUGUUCGCGCCAACAGACAAAGCAUUUGCAGCCCUUCCUCCAGGAACACUGGACAACCUUCUCAAGAACAAAACAGCACUUACAGACAUACUAACUUACCACGUGGUUAGCGGAACUUACUUCAGUGCUGGACUCACUUCCGGGCCUGUUCCAACUGUCGAGGGUAAAAAUGUCAACAUUGUUGUUGGACAAG